AACAUUCCAAUGGGGUGAGCUAGAAUCCUGUGCAGAGAUCGCUGGCAAAGCACAAGACACCAGGUACAGCCAUGGCUCCCCACCACACCUUGCUUCUGCUGGUUAUUCUGGUCAAUGCCAUCGAUGGGCAACAGCAACAAUUAAUGGAGUACAUGGAGAGGAGGCUGGCUGUUUUAGAGGAGCGGAUCUCUCAGUGGCAUGAUCAGAGCAGCCGUUACUCCAGUGAACUGAGGGACUUCAAAAAUAAGGUGGUGUCAAUGCUGGAAACAGUAGAAAAAGAACGGGAAACACUCCGGGCAGAGGUGGAAAACACAGCUGUGCGGGUGGACCGGCUAGAGCGUGAGGUGGACUACCUUGAAACCCAAAAUCCUGCCCCACCUUGUGUGGAGGUAGAUGAGAAGCUCACGGAGAAUCAGGUUUCCACAGUCAAGAAGCGCAAGAAUGAGAAGUAUGACAAGCUGACAGAUUGUAGUGACACUGUAUCCCAAGUGAAAGCUAUGAAGAUUCUAAAGCGAUUUGGUAGCACUGCUGGACUCUGGACGAAAGACCCACUGGGGAAUUCAGAGAAGAUCUAUGUAUUUGAUGGCACCAGCAAUGAUACAGUGUAUGUCUUUCCGAGGAUGAGGGAGUUCACGCUCUUCUCUGCUACCCGAAAGGCUGCACGGAUCAGGCUACCCUAUCCGUGGGUUGGCACUGGCCACUUAGUGUAUGGGGGCCAUCUUUAUUAUAUACGGCGACAUGGCACCUUCCAGGUCAUCAAAUUCAGCUUGGCCAACAAAACUAUUGUUGAUAGCUCUGUCUUCCCGGCUGAGGAGCAGAUCCCAGUCUUUGGUCUGGCAUCCUACAACUACAUCGACCUGGUAGCAGACGAGGAGGGGAUCUGGGCUAUUUAUGCCACACAAGAGAAUGAGAGGAACAUUGCACUGGCCAAACUGGACCCUGCAUCACUAGACAUUGAGCAAAUGUGGGACACACCAUGCCCCAGGGAGAAUGCAGAGAGUGCCUUUGUUAUCUGUGGAGCCCUCUACGUGGUGUACAAUACCCGGCUGCCCAGCCGAUCUCGUAUCCAGUGUGUCUUUGAUGUUAGUGGCUCCAUGGCACCUGAAGAUGCUGCUCUGGUCUACUUCCCCAAGCGGUAUGGCUCUCACUCCAGCAUGAAAUACAACCCCAAAGAGAGGCAGAUCUAUGCUUGGGAUGAUGGCUAUCAACUCAUCUACCGCAUGGAGAUGAAGAAGAAGACUGAGGUCUGAGAAACACCAGGGGCUCUGGUGAAAAGAGCAUUAAGAAUAUAUUCUAAUGCAUCAGGAUAGGACUUUUCCAUCUAAUAAUGCCAAGUGGCACAUGGGAUGUUCAGCUUCUGAGAAAACCAGUAGCCACAACAAAUACUGAGAAGAUAUUUUUUUAAAAGGCAUGACUUUCUGCUGCAUAAAAUGUCUUCAGCAGAAACAAAAUUCCCUGCAUUUGUAUUGGGACUGAAUGUGUGUGUGUUUCAGCUCAAUUAGUUAUUUCUGAUUUUUUUCAUUUAAAAAAAGAAUAUAUUUUUCAUUUUAAAAAAAGAAUAUAUUGGAUAUAUAUUCCAUUGAAACAUCUGAAGAGCAUUUUUACCAGUUCUAGUCCCUCUAGGCAUGCAUCUCCAAAUUUUCAUGGUGCCCUAUCGCUUAGGAAUAAAAUUGGCAUCUCCCAGCCAGAGCAGCCUUUUCAUAGAUUUCCCCAUCUUCAGAAAGAGAACACAGCAGCAUUUUAAAUUGACUGCCUGUGUCGAUGCCUGGGCAGGCACUCAUGACUCCCAGGCCAAGCAACUAGAAUUUUCAAUGCUAUUAAAAAAAACAAAACACAAAAUUCUGACAGGUUUUGGUUAACUUAACAAGAGUGUAAAACAUAUUUUUCUUGGUUUUCCUGCCCUCAGAUGCUAUAAUUGGACAAUCCAGGUGGCAGUUUCCUGCUUGUUUGUUGUACCUUAUUUCUAUUAUUAUAUUUAUGUGUCUUCUCUAUUCAUCAGAAUAUGUCUGCUCCCUCCCCCCCCCCUGCAUACUUCCCUGAAUAUACCAAAAGGAGCUGGUGUGGUUCAUUCCUCAUCCAGAAACCUGU